UCCGGUGCCAGCUCGCUCUGCUCGGCGCCUUUCCUCGUCUGGUCGCAGCAGGGCGAGGGGCCGCGUCGCUCGACGGCCACCGGCAGCGGCGGAGAAGAGAAGAAGCCCCCGGAGCACCUCCGGUCUUGCCCAAGGUACCGACUUGUUCCCCGAGGCCAGGCGGCAGAGCAGCGAACGGCGAGAGCGCGGAGGGCCUCCCAGGCGCAGCGCCCGCCCCGCUCACCCCAGCCACCCCUGAUUGAAAUACAUUAUGGCGCGCUUUGCUGCGAUUGUUGUGGAAACGGCGGAAGAAGCGGGCGGGGCCUUGGUCGCAGCUGGAAAACAACUCCCCGGCCGCCCUCUCUCCGCCACUUUCCUUCCGAAUACAUUUGCAAGAAAAGCCUCUCCUGGGAACAGAAGGCGAUGUGGGCAGAUUGAUUGAAACAUUUCGCUUUGGGGUGCCUUUCCAUCCACAGAAACUACCGAACAAGAGGCGACAGAAAUGCAGUCAAAGGAAACUGAAGCUGUAUCACAACCCCCGCCAUACCCAGGAACAGAACCAGCUACACAUUAUCCACCUCCAGUUUCUCAAGUGCCAUAUGGAUCUACCGGAUACGUGUCUGGACCAACUGUUCCAGCACAACCUACUUCAGCUUUCCUGUAUCACCCAGCAACCUCUGGACUUGUCCCGUUACAAAGCCAGCCCGCUGCACCCGUAGUUUGGAUGCCAGCUCCACCUGUACCUCCCAAAUGCCCUCCUGGAUUGGAAUAUUUAGCCCAGAUUGAUCAGUUAGUGGUUGAACAGCAAAUGGAUCUUACAGAAGUAUUAAGUCGCUUUGAGACAUUAAACCGAUAUGAAAUCAGAAACUCUCUGGGGCAGAGGAUUUACUUUGCACAGGAAGAAAAUGAUGAGUACAGCCUGCAAUGCCAUGGGAGCUUGCGAGGAUUCGUCAUAAAGCUCUUUGACAGUACAAACCAGCCAGUCAUGCAGUUGUCCAGAGAAUGCCGGUGUGACAUUUGCUGCUGCCCUUGUAUUUGCUGCCUGCAGGAGCUUGAAGUUCAGGCCCCUUUAGGCACAGUCAUUGGCUACGUGAAGCAGAAGUGGCACCCCUGUCUCCCUAAAUUUGACCUCCAAAAUGAAACCAGAGAAAGCCUACUGAAAAUGAAGGGCCCAUGUGUUCCAUGCCAGUGUUAUCGGGAUGUCCAUUUUGAGGUGAAAACUCUGGAUGAGACCGCUACAAUUGGAGUUAUGACUAAACAGUGGACUGGAAUGGCACGGGAGGCUGUUGCGUCUGCCAGCCUCUUUGGAAUCCAGUUCCCACUGGACCUUGAUGUGAAAAUGAAAGCCCUUGUGCUUGGGGCUUGCAUCCUUCUGGAUUUCAUAUUUUUUGAACGCAGACAACAACAAAGGCAACAGCGGCGAUAAUAUGCUCGACUCCUGCAUCUUGCUGGCUUCAGAGAGUCUGAUUUUAUUUUGCUGACAAGGAGUGUUAAGCUUUCUGAUAAGAGAAUUUUUUU